UAAAAAUUGAAGAACAAUGGUCAACAACGCAUCGCGGGGUGUACCCCGUAUUCAAGUUUUUAGACCCACUUAUGAGGAAUUCAAAGAUUUUACAAAGUAAGAGUAUAUGGAAAGCAAAGGAGCUCAUAAAGCUGGAUUGGCUAAAGUUAUCCCACCUCCUGAAUGGAUACCAAGAAAAAGUGGUUAUGACUUGAAUACCUUAGAUCUUACGAUUCCUGCACCUAUAUGCCAAGUUGUCACUGGAAAGCAAGGUCUUUAUCAACAAAUUAAUAUCCAAAAAAAGUCAAUGACGGUCAAAGAAUAUAGCAAGUUAGCUAACUCUGAUCGUUAUAAUACACCUCGACAUUUUGACUAUGAAGAUUUAGAGAGGAAAUAUUGGAAAAAUAUAACAUACGUAGCUCCCAUAUAUGGGGCAGAUGUAUCUGGUUCGUUAACUGAUCCAGAUGUAAAAGAAUGGAAUAUCAAUCAUUUAGGGACGAUAUUGGAUUAUGUAAAUAAAGAUUAUGGUAUAUCUAUAGAUGGCGUUAAUACGGCAUAUCUAUACUUUGGAAUGUGGAAAACUACAUUCGCAUGGCAUACGGAAGAUAUGGAUCUUUAUUCGAUUAAUUACCUGCAUUUUGGUGCACCAAAAACUUGGUACGCUAUACCACCGGAGCAUGGCCGCAGACUAGAGAGAUUAGCCAGUGGUUUUUUUCCAUCUAGUUAUCAAAGCUGUCAAGCCUUUUUACGUCAUAAAAUGUCAUUAAUAUCUCCACAAAUAUUAAGACAAUAUUCUAUUCCUUGUAAUAAGAUAACACAAGAAGCAGGCGAAAUAAUGAUAACAUUUCCUUAUGGAUAUCAUGCUGGUUUUAACCAUGGUUUUAAUUGUGCAGAAUCAACAAACUUUGCUGCACCCAGAUGGGUAGAAUAUGGCAAACGAGCUACUCAAUGCACAUGCAGUAAAGAUAUGGUUAAAAUAUCAAUGGAUACAUUUGUCAAGCGCUUUCAACCGGAAAGAUACGAAUUGUGGCUUCGCGGUGAAGACAUUGGUCCUCACCCAGAGGAUCCUAGACAAACGGCAGCGCCCAUGCCCUCUCAGAUGGAUUUAUUGUGUAGUAACAGCAGUAAUGGACAGUUACCACAAAGUUAUUUAAAUGCUGCUCCUAAAAAUAAAAGACAUACCAUUCAUAAGAAGAAAAAUAUAAUUGGCACCAAUCCUGACGUUGAUAUGGCCGAGUUAGUUAAUCGUUCAGACAUCCCGGCGGAUUUAAAGAAAGCUUUACAAGAUCUCGAAUUUGAGGAUGGUGACGAUCAACCAGACGAACAACAAUUGGAAGUAUUGGAAGACAUUUGGCUUAAGGCAGGUGAAAUGGAUGUCAAUGAAGCAACUGUCUAUGAUGAUGGGUAUAAUCGUAAAAAAGGUAGAAAAAGAAAGAAGAAGCAAAGUGGUAACGAAAAAGAGAAAAAGGAUCAGAAGACAAAGAAAAAUUCUGGCAAAUUGAUUAGUCCAAAAACCACAGACGAUGUGCUUUUGAUUAGAUCAGAAUCAGAAUUGAUUUCUACAGGUUCUAAUCAAGAAUCAAUUGAUCAACAAAAUUUAUUAAAUCAAGACAAUUUGCUUCAAACCAAUAUUAAUGUCGCAUCAGAAAGUAAUAGUAAUACAUUAAUCUCUCAAUUGUCAAGUGAUGGAUCUAAUUUGCUGGAAACUACUAAUAAAUCGUCCCCUAAGAAAAGGAAAAAACAUUCUAAGACUCCAGAACAUAAGAUAAAACAGAAAAAUACUUCUAAAAGUAAGCGUAAACAUACAAACAUACCUUUGUUUGUUCCUAAUGAGCCGUUAGAUGUUUCUGAUGCUGAUGUACAACGCAAGCUAAUAGCAAUGCCAAGUCUUAGCCCUCAUAAAGCAUCUACUAUGAAAGAUAUUUCUAAUAAUCAAAGGAAAAUUAACCUAUUACCAGGCAAUAUUAUUUCUGUUGGGAAUGAAUUUAGUAUGACCACAAUGAAGGAUAAAACAGUAGUAAAUAUUACCAAUAGUGGACAGAUAAUACAUUCUUCUUAUGAAGAUGAAAAGCAAAUUGAUAGUCCUAUAAAUGUUGAUAUGCAAGAGAAACAAUGCUCUCUCAUAAAGAAUACCAAAAAGGCAAAUACAAAGCUUAUUUAUAAAUCAACAUUCCCUAAUAUAAACAUAUUAAAAAAUAUUGCUGUACAAAAUAAACAAAAUGAUGAAAGUGCAGGUAUAAAGCUUUUAAAUGAGGAUUCAAAAUUAUAUACUCAAGAUACCAAGAUGAUCAGUGGUACGUCUUACAAAAGUGUUGGAAUGGUUCAAACAGAAAGAUGUAUUACAAAUUACACAAGGAAGGAUAUAAUAAAGGCACCUAGACUGAUGCAUUUAGAUCUGUCCAAUACCAAAGUAAUAUCAAAAGUAGAAAUCGAUGAUACUGUUAAAGUCGAGAAAGGGCUCCAUGUUGCUCCUAAUUUGGUAAUGUUAUCCAAAGAUGAUGUUCAAGAUACAAAGCAAGAUACGAAGCGCAUUAUGUUUUUGCCAAAUACAUCAUUUAACACUGACCCACCAAUAUUACAAAGUGAAGUUAUAGACAAAGAGACCGUAAUACAAAAUCCUUCAUCGACAUUUACUAUUCAAACUCAAGGUAAUGCAGCAAAUACAAAAGGAGGAGGUGGCAUAUUGAAUACUUGUACAAAUAUUCAAAUAGGUCCCGCAACAACUGCAACCUUCACAACUAAGCUAAAAAAAUUAUCAGACUCAAAUACAGUCUUACUAGCUGCACCUCCUCCUAAUCCAUUGACCUCACAAUGCUCGAAGAUUACUCUAAGUUCUCCGAUUCAAUUGAGCACAAUGGAACCAAGUAAAUCCACCUUACAUAGUAAUGAUAAUUCAUCAACAAAUUUUGCACCUUUAACGAGAAUUUUACCAUCGUCGGAACAAAUGGUAUCAAAAAAUUCUUUAAUCAUCCGAAAAAUUGAUAAAGAUCAAGAAACAUGCAGAAAAUCAAUAAAACGUACAAGUGCAAAGUCAUUGCUUAAUUGUACAGCAAAAAAGAUUGACGUAUCACCUGAUUUAGAUACAAAACAAGCUAGUACAAGUGUAUUGGUUGAAAAGGUCGAAGGUAAUACGCCAUAUAGUUUAAAUUAUCAUUUUAACAAUUUACAAAAUCAGCAGAGAGCUAUUAUGACACCUUUGAUAAAGCAAGAGGACAAAUACUUUAAUGUGUCUAAAUCUCAACGGCAAAGUAUAGAAACAAAUUCUAACAAUAAAUACUUGAAAAUGCCAGAAUUAAAACCAAUUAAAUCACCCGUAGCCAGAAGGAAAUCCAAAGAGAAGCUUAAAAAAGCUACAACAAGGAAAAAACAUCUUCUCCAAUCGACAAUUAUAUCGGAAGAAAAAAGUUCUUCCAGUUCGCAUCCGGCUUUAACUAUACCUGGCCAUAUUUCUGAUAUGUUAAAUCCAAAUAUUCCGAGCAAUGACUUAAUGAAAGCUUUCAAUGAUUAUUGGAGUGCUCAAAUUUCACAUUGUGCAAUUUGUGCAACUUUUGCUUCCACUCGUUGUGGAAAUAGUCAGUUAAUGCCACCUGAUUGGAAAUAUUGUAAACCCACUAUUCUACCUGAAAGUUCUCCAAUAUGGGUAUCAGCAACACUUUUUGCUGUAAAUUCAAAGGAACAAGCUAUUGAAUCGGAAAAUGACAAACUAUUGAGAUGUCGUGAAUGUCACGUAACAGUUCAUGCCUCCUGUUAUGGAAUUACUAUCUUACCCACUGAUGCAUCAAAUUGGGCAUGCGAUAAAUGUAAGGCUGGUAAAACUGACGUGAUGUGCUGUUUAUGCCCUAUGCGUGGAGGUGCUGUAAAACGUACGAGCGAUGGUGGUUGGGCACACAUUUUGUGUGCUCUGAUAUUACCAGGUGUAACUUUUAAAGAUGCUAUCAACAAAGAUCCUAUUAAUGUAUUAACAAUUAGAACAGAUAUUUUAAAACAACAAUGUUGUUAUUGCGGGCACAGCGAUGGCGCUUGCCUCAGUUGUUCCCAAUGUAAUAAUUUGUUUCACCCUUCGUGUGGACUUGUGGCAGGUGCUACUUUUGUAAUACCAGUAUACAAUAGUCAAGAAUUGCAGGUCACUUGCCAUGGUCAUGACGAAGGUAAGGAAAAAAUUCUUGUCAUUCGUCAGGGCGAAACAGUAUGGGCAAAACAUCGGAAUUCAAGAUAUUAUAAAGCAAAAGUAGAGUCUAUAAAAGAUACACUUUUCUAUAUGGUCACUUUCAGUGACAACAGUUUUAGCGAUGAUUUAUAUCCUUUGGAUAUAAUUAAUUAUGAUCCUGGAAAACCGCCUCAAAUUGGUGCGGCUGUUACUGUUAAUUGGACAGACGGUGAAGUGUACGACGGUACUUUUGAGGGCACUAAUCAUCAAAUUAUGUAUACCGUAAUUUUUGAAGAUGGUUCUCAACUUGCCUUAAAACGUAAUGAUAUAUAUAGUUUACAAGAAGAUAUGCCAAAAAGGGUACGCUCACGUUUGUCCGUUGCCACAGAAAUGAAGCACAGGUAUCAUCUUUACGGCAUAGAGGAUGAGUCAAACGCGCAAAGGCACGCGAAACAAGUGAAAAAUUGUGAUUAAGGCACCAAUGUGUAUACUACCAUAAUGUAAAUAACCGAUAGAUACAAUAAUGUUUCAUCUCGUUUCUGUAAAUAUUAAAUUAAAAUAGUAUCUGUAUGAUUCAGGAUCCGUUCCAGAUCCCGGGGCAAUCUCAUAAUUGUCAUAUAAUCUGAUUAUAGGGAAAUUAUCUUCAUUAUUUAAGAAAAAUUAUAAGAACACAAUUUUAUACCGAAAAAAGGGAAAAGUUGAUACAAAAUUUAUAUUAAAGUUUACAAUAAAAUGCGAUCUCUCACUAAGGUGCAUGUUACGAUGGCAAUGAUGAAUAUUUAGAUUUUCCUUUUUAAUAUUCGUAUUUUAUACUUUGACAAAUUAUUAGAAUUGAUUUAAGAAUUGUUUGUGAAAGUGAGAAAGAAAGCCCCAAGAGUUUAUGGAUGAUCGGUGUGUGGAAGCGUGUGCACUUGUGUAUAUCUCUAUCUGUAUAUGUAUGCGUGAGAACUCUUAAAAUGGCUAAAAAAAAUUGAAUAUCGCGAACUAGUAGUAGACACAAUAUUGUAAAAUAUGCACUAACAUGUUCACGCUCGUUCGUUCGGUUAAAUUUCUUUCAAAAUUUAAACGAAACUUUGUUCUCGAUCAAUUUUUCUUUACAGUUUUCAUACACACUCACUCAUACAGAGGGAGAGAUAAGGUACUUUACAAAUAUAUAUAUACGAUUAUAUAUAUAAUAUAUAUAUAUAUACGAUAUAUAUAUAUAUAUAUACACGAUUGGUUUCCUCCUCUUAGAAGCCUUGAGAAAAGUCUUUUGGAUGUUAAAAUAUAUAUCUUGUCAUUAUAUUAUUUUAUUAUAUCCCGAAGAAAUGUAUUAGACAUUUCUUUUCUUAUAUCUUUUCUCAUUUUUUCCAUUUUUUAUCUAAAUAUUUGACGUUUUAUGCGAGUAUUGUUAGAAGAUAUCUACUUUAAUCCUUUUCAAUUAGAAUUUGUAUUAGUUCAAAUUACUUUUAGUCAAAACAUUUAUUUAAAAAUUUGUUUGUUUCUUACCUGUUUUUUCUUUCUUUU